AUGGCUUCUGAUUCAACUGUCGUCUCCAACACGGAGAAUCUCAUGAAGUACAUGUCCCUUGACCAGCGUGGUCGCAUUCAGGCCGAGUACAUCUGGAUCGACGCUGUCGGUGGCACCCGAUCCAAGACCAAGACCCUGUCCAAGCCCAUCAAGAGCGUGGACGAGCUCCCCGAAUGGAACUUCGAUGGCUCCUCGACCGCGCAAGCCCCCGGUGACAACUCGGACGUCUACCUGCGCCCCGUCGCGAUCUUCCCCGACCCCUUCCGCCAGGGUGACAACAUCCUUGUUCUCUGCGAGACCUGGGACUCCGAUGGCAGCCCCAACAAGUACAACUUCCGCCAUGACGCCAACCGUCUGAUGGAGACCAACGCCAAGGAGGAGUUCUGGUUCGGUCUGGAGCAGGAAUACACCCUCCUCGGCACUGAUGGCUGGCCGUAUGGCUGGCCCCGUGGUGGUUUCCCCGGUGCCCAGGGCCCUUACUACUGUGGUGUUGGUACCGGUAAGGUUUACUGCCGUGAUAUCGUCGAGGCCCACUACCGCGCUUGUCUGUACGCUGGCAUCAACAUCUCCGGUAUCAACGCCGAAGUCAUGCCCUCUCAGUGGGAGUACCAGGUCGGCCCUUGCCCGGGUAUCGACAUGGGUGACCACCUCUGGAUGUCCCGCUUCCUCCUCCACCGUGUCGCCGAAGAGUUCGGUGUUCGCAUCUCGUUCGAGCCCAAGCCCAUCAAGGGUGAGUGGAACGGCGCCGGUCUGCACACCAACGUUUCCACUGCCUCAACUCGUGCCGAAGGUGGCAUGAAGACGAUUGAGGCCGCCAUGAAGAAGCUCGAAGCUCGUCACGUUGAGCACAUUGCCGUCUACGGUGAGGGCAACGAAGAGCGUCUCACCGGUCGCCAUGAGACUGGCAGCAUCGACAAGUUCUCGUACGGUGUUGCCGACCGUGGUGGCAGUAUCCGUAUCCCUCGUCAGGUCGCCAAGGAUGGCAAGGGCUACUUCGAGGACCGUCGCCCAGCGUCCAACGCCGAUCCUUACCAGAUCACCGGUAUCAUCGUCGAGACCAUGUGCGGUGGUCUCUAA